UUGAGAUUUUUUUUACGAAUUUCUUGUAAAAUAUCGAGAAACAUAAGUAUAUGUGCGUGAUUAAAUAUUAAAACGAUAAAUCAGUAUAGAUUUUAUUUGCGAAUAAUAAUUUUCAAAGAAAGCAGAAACAAUAUUUUGUUCAGAUAACGAAAAGUGUUGAGAGAUGUUGGAUGUAAAGAUUCUGGAUGGCGGAUUUUCUACGCAAUUGUCUACUCAUGUUGGUGAAAAAAUUGAUGGCGAUCCACUGUGGACAGCACGAUUUUUAGCGACAAAUCCUACUGCUGUUUAUGCUACACAUUUAGAUUUUUUGCGAGCAGGUGCAGAUAUCAUAGAAACAAAUACAUAUCAAGCCUCGGUUUUUGGUUUAAUGGAACACUUAUCUAUAACUGAAGAUGAGAGCAUAAAGUUGCUACAGCUAGCUGUUCAUCUUGCUAAGAAAGCUGUUAAUGAUUAUGUAAUAGAAAUAGCAGAUAAUAAUGACAUUGAAAAUAAAAAACCUUUGAUUGCUGGUUCUUGCGGACCUUAUGGAGCUAGUUUACAUGAUGGAUCAGAAUAUAAUGGAGCUUAUGGCAAAACUGUAUCUCGUGAAACUAUGAUUCAAUGGCAUAAAUCACGUAUUGACAUUUUAAUAAAUGCUGGUAUAGAAUUAUUAGCAUUAGAAACUAUACCUUGUUAUCAAGAAGCAGAGGCAUUGAUUGAACUUUUACAACAAUAUUCAAAUGUCAAAGCAUGGCUUUCAUUUUCUUGCGAAAAGAACAGUAAAAAUAUUGUGGAUGGAAGCAAUUUCCAAGAAGUAGCUACACACUGUUAUAAAACGGCUUUAUCAGGACAAAUAAUUGCUAUUGGUGUAAAUUGCCUUGCUCCAAAAGAUGUAUCUUCCCUAUUAAAAAAUAUUAACAAAAAUGGAGAAAACGAAUUCAUACCAUUAAUAGCGUAUCCUAAUAGUGGAGAAAUAUAUUCUACGACCAAAGGAUGGAUACAAAAUGAAAGUUGUGUUUCUUUUGAAAGUUUUAUCCCUGAAUGGUUAGAUCUUGGAAUACAAUACAUUGGAGGUUGUUGUAGAAUGUAUGCAGAAAACAUAAAAUCGAUUAGGAAGGAAGUAAAUAAUUAUAAAAAAAAGAAAACAGUGAUGGAUUAA